GAGGUCAGUGCUCUUCCGCGAGCGAGUGAUUUGGAGCGCUUACGAGAUCGAGUGAUGGGAGAGGUGCAAGGUCAGUUUUUCAGCACCUUGUCGGACAAGCAGCGGGAUUCACAUGAGUGCCUGCAGAAAGAGCUUGCUGAGGCAACAGACAGCCUUUGUGCUCAGCUGGGACGAAUAGAUGAGAAUGUCUCGGCAAGGCUAUCAGCCCUGGAAGCUCAACUCUCUUUGCAGCCUGCGACAGCAGCAGUGCCCAGCCAGAGGGCUGACGCGCCAGACAGCGGAGCGCAAGCUCAACAAGCGCCGGGCUUGCUUCACCCUUCGUCGGCGUCAAGCGUAGCAGCCGAGGACACAGAGGACCAAACUGACGGAAUGGCAGGGCCAGAACAAGCUGGUCAUCUCCUUGCCAAUCCAGCUCCAGCUCCUUCGUUUGGCGACCUGGUUGCCUUGGAAUCGAGGGUGGGCAGCCAGCUAGAAGCAUUAGGAAGGCAACUGACUGAUUUGGCUGCUCAGUUUGACCAUGUGCAGUCAACUCUUGAAGUUCGGGCAGAAGAAAAUAUCAAAGAUACUGCAGAUCCCAGGAACGGCGCCCAAUCUUCAGCUCAGCCUCCGACGGAAACGACAGGAGGUUUGCGUGCACGAGAGCGGAGGCAGUCGGAAGAUGCCCAAAUCCUUGCAGAAGAGAGGCAGCAGAGUUCAACAGAGGCGGCGCAAGUGGUUGCAGGAGCAACACCUGCAGGGGAUUAUAUUGUGAAAGAGGCUAUACAAGCCGCUUCUCAAGAGGCCCGCACCAUAGCUGAGCAGAUGCUGAAACACCACGCAGAAUCCGAGCAGAUGAACAAAGAAAUGAUUGCCUCCCUACAAUGUGAGAUUUCGAGCCUGUCGAUGGACUUGAAGUUUUUGCAGACAACGCAGAAGCAAGAUGGAUCCACGCAGCCAACAGCUGCAACAAAGGCACCUGAAACUCUAGUUGAGGAAAGACGUGUCGCUGAGGACGAACAAUCAAUUGGUGAACAGCAAGCCCAGAAUUGCACAGCUAUAGGCCACAACUCACGGACAAGCCAGCAGGCUCAACCGGCCGUGAACCCGAUAGACAGUUACCCCAAGCUGUCCGAUCGAAUUGGUCAGUUGGAGGCAUUUGUUCAAAGGCUUGAGAGGGCUCACUGCACACUUGAGGAAAGGCUCAACAACAGCGUCCCUCAGUUGGAGGCAAUGGUAAGGUCCUUGCAGACGGCGCAUGGAAAUGAUCAAGUGCAGGACCAGAAGGAGGAUCAUGAUCACGGAAAGGAGCUGAAAGAGAAGCAAACUGAGACGAGAGCAUCAGAGUUACAGACUGAAGUCACUGAAGAUGCUACGCUCAAAGAAUUUGCUGCACCUUUGGCCCAGGCAUGAAGGGAAACCUGGUGGGAUAUAAAGGUUCUUCGGGAGUCAGAACUGACAGACAGUCGAAGGCGUCAAGCUGGAAAGAUGAUCAAUCGCACAACCUAUUGAAGAACUGUUCCUAGUAGCGAUGCCCUUGCUCCUAGUAGCAAGGCCAGGAGCCCCUGGUAGCGUCCUUGCUCCUAGUAGCCACUUGCUCUAAGUCUCUAGUCUCUAAGUCGCGCUUUUGGUGCUCCACUUUAAUUUUGAGGUAUCCACUCGUGCAGCCGUGCAGCUGCCAGAUUCCGCCACGGCUCCAAAGAAAGUGAAAGAAAGUCAUCCUUCUCGCAGUGAACUAGAAAAGCUGGCAGAACGUCUAAAUGAUGUUGAGGAGCUGCAGGAAAGUGCAGACCGCAGGCUCCGUUUGCUCGAGAGCCCUCAGACUCAGGC